UAUGAAUGGUUAAAUGGGAACUCAUUUUUUUCUAUCUUGCAUGUUUACUCACCUCAUGUUUUUGACGCCUGCUUGUGUGAAGUGUGCAACGAAUAAUUUAAUUCCUACGUUAGUAUUCCCUUCAUCUAAUUUUCUAUCGUGUUCAGUUUCAAUUGCUCUAUCGCAUAAUUACGUCACACCAAAACAUUCUUUGAACGCUAAGGAUUAUGGUCGCCAGAUGGGAUCUAAUAGCUAAUAGCUAUCCAAUAUAUCCCAAGAAGUAUCAAAGCUGUUUUUUACAGUUUUGGUUCGUCCAGACGCAGGGUAAAAAAGUCAGGAGAAACGACUCAGUUUGGAAUAUGUAAAAUAAUGAAGCCAUAUACUUUUAUUUGGAAAAUCGCGCGCAUGGAAGUAGAGUUACCUUGGCCACCAAUGAUUUCUACACUUUUCUGCCAAUUAAAGUUUCUUUGCAGUCAUUCAUAUUAGCAUAUUGGCGGAGAAAGAUGUUAAUCUGACUGAAUAUAUCGAGUGAUAUAUGUGCCUUCAUGAACUAUACUGAGUACCGCUCAACUGACACCAUUUAUUCGCGGAAAUAUAUAAACAACCAAGUGUUGUGAUCAGGGUUACAAUUAGAAGUUGUUGACAAUAGAUGAUUUUGUAUCUGAUAAAAGAGUAUAGCGAAGAGUAGAAAUAGAGAGAUGAUCAAAGGCUUUGUGUCGUACAGUCGCACCGCCAGCCUACCAGAUGUCAUCCAUAAGCAAAGUGUAAGCAAAGUACUACUGACAUCUGAAAGUGAAUCACGUGAACAGCCCUGCGCAUGCUCCAUAGAAAGAUAUAAACUGACCGUCGUUGGAGACUCUGAGUGUGGCAAAACGUCGUUACUGAACGCUCUUGUGAAAAGCGACUUUGAGGCAGAAGAGAGUGCGAUAUUCGACGAAUGCGUGACGGAUAUUACAACAGGGGACAGUAGCUUAGAGUUCAUGCUUUGUGAUUGCUCUGGACUAGAGAAUUACGAGAGUAUACGACGAUGUAUGUACAGCGAGACUGACGUGUUCCUUCUGUGUUUUGACAUUGGAAAUCCUUCGUCGCUACAAAGUAUUAUUGACAAGUGGGUUUCUGAGAUUAAAGAGGAAUGUCCUGGCGUACCUUAUCUGUUAGUAGGCUGUAAAAACGACUUGAGAACAGAUUCAGCUCUACAGUUCUACCUGACUGUACCUGGCGAUAGUACUGUAGAACCUGAUAGCAUUGGACGAUUAAAAGCGGUUUCGACGGCGCAAUGUAUUGGAGCAAAAGCAUACGUCGAAUGCUGUGCAAAAACUAGAUGGAAUAUCAAACAAGUUUUCCAAGAAGCUGCUGAUGCCAUUGUCUCUAAGGAGGAAGCCAGUGAACCAACCUCUAAACCACCCUCCAUGCUUAGAAGAAUUUCUCGUUUUGCUAGGCGUGGUUCCGCAGCUGACGCGAGUGACUGUAAUGGGCAUGCGCAGAUGGUAUCUCCACGAAGACUGUCUCUCUUUUCAACAUGAAAAUGGUUUUUAUAGCUUGUUUUUCUGCGGAAGCUCAGGAAAAUAAGAUGCGAGUAUAUACUUGGUGGUAGAGGAGAGCGAAUAGAUGCAUUUUCUCCCAAUGGUAUCAGACAUCUGAUCAUAGAGCCAUCAAACAGAAACGAAUUACCGGCCGUUGCCCCAUAACGCAACCGUACUUCCAAAUAUUAGAUAGCAGAAUGUAGCAUUUAAUUGCGCUCUCUCUUGUGGUGACUCUCACUACUUAAGCACUAUAAUGGAGUAGAAGGCAAGUGCUGUUGUGGUGAUACGGCGUCCGCAUGAAACUAUGGCAGCACAUCAAACAGCAGACGUCUGGUAAUAGACUAGAAGCCUCCCCUGCAGGCAUCUCUUUUCUUUACAAAAACUACGGGCUUCCUGUUCUACAAUGUAGCUCAACAAGAGAGCGGUACUGGUAAUGAGGCAGGAAAAUUUUCUUUUUCCUCCCCAAUCCACUCGCUUCCGUUUUGUUUUCAACACUUGGAAAUGGAAAUAUAUAAAAACUGUUAAAGCGAGAUGCCUACUGAAUAGAAAAUAACUUUUCAUAACUUGGAAGGCAUGCGCACUAAAGCGUGAACAAUUCGUGGAUACGAUGUGAGCUCAACAGGAAACAUGGUGAUGUAUGGUACUUUAGCCGAAUGUUGGCCACCAACGCAACAGCGUCAAGAAGAAACUUUUGACAUCAUAAUACAUAGACAAUACAUAUAGUUAGAAACAAUGAAUUAUAAAAAUUGAUAGAAAAUCUGAUAGAAUUAUUUAGUUACGCAUAGAUAAACAACUAAUAUAUGAUUGGAACUUAGUCUGCCUUUUUUAAUGCCAAAAUAUUGUUGUACAGUAAAAGCAAAUUGCUUCUGUAUAAAUCACGUGACCACGUGUAGGAAAUCUUCUUGAGUAUCUCAAGCAGAGCUUGGACUGGGUGAGAGACAGUUCAGCCAUGUUUCAUCUAGCUUGCCAGAUCGUUCUCUGGAUCAAAAGGACUAUUAUCAUCAUUUUGUCAAUCAAAUGGAAAGGAUUAUUGUCAUCAAAUCAGUACUCAAGCGCGCAGGGCACUGGCAGCGUGUGUAGAGUUUGACGAGCUUGAGUGGCAGCUCAUGAUUUAAAACUUAACAUCGGAAACGCAGUUCCCUGCAAAUGAAGUGUGUAUUCCUGUCGUUGUAAUCAUAUUAAUGACGUGAUCUGAUUUGCGGGGUCGAUGACCAAUCUGCACGAAUCCUCUACUGAUGGAAACAUCGACUGCGACGACGCAGAUAAUCAAGCAUAAUGAGGAAACUUCCAUGACUAAAUAGUGUAAAAAAUAUUAGAGUUGAGUGCCUCAGUCACACAUCUACAUAAAUCUGAAUAGGAAGAAGACGACGAAAGAAAGAAGGAAGAAAGAAAAAGAAACUAAAAUGUUAUGAUACGAAAAAAUAUACAAAUUAAAAAAAGUAGAUCAAAUAUAAUAAAUAAAGCCUACAGUAAAUCGCUGUCUACAACAGUUUUGGGCUUCCUGUGCCAUCCGGUGGCACAGGAGGCCCAAAAUAUAAACACGCAAACAGACGGAUAGCUGAAUACUGGAAUGGUAUUCAUUUCAUUUCUCAAAGCAAUUCAGUUUGUCACGGCAACGUUGCUAGCGGAUUGGGAUACGUCGAUUUUCUAACUGCUUGUAAAAAUACGCGUCUUUUUCAUGCCAAUUUGCACAUUGAUUUCCUUCUUUAUUUCUAUUAGUUGAAAACUUUUAAAUAAUUAUGAUUUCACUACACCGGAUUUGUUUACUAAAAUGGAUUCCCAUGUUUAUUUUUUUCUCUUCUUUUUUCUUGAAGUGGUUCACGUGAUCGUCAUGCGUCAAGUAUUCGAC